ACGGGAGCGGACGGAGAAAAUUUUGAAACGCGGGCGAGGCCGCCACCACCGCGCCAAAUCGAGCCAUCCAGAUUCCAUUCGACGGCCGGAAGUCAGAUCCGUGCAUCUAUAAUACUUCCAGGAAUUCUCUCCUCUCCCAAGACCCGCACCGCACCACGCGAAAUCAAGUCCUGCAAAAGCCUCGCGGCUACCUCACGUGGAUCGGCGACGGCGAUGACGGCGUCCUUCUCUUCCGUCGCCGAGGUAGCGGUUCCCGCUGCUGCGGCGGUGAUGGCAUCAGCUUUGCCGCAGGAGCAGCAGCAGGCGCGGCCGCGGCCGCGGCCGAUGCACGCUGGUGGUGGUGGUGGUGGCGGCGGCGGCGCCAAUGGCCGCCACCACGCGUACAGCCGCAAGGACAAGUCACUCGGCCUCCUCUGCUCCAACUUCGUGGUUCUCUACAACCGCGACGACGUGGAGUCCAUCGGGCUGGACGAAGCGGCCAAAUGCCUCGGCGUGGAGAGGCGCCGGAUCUACGACAUUGUCAACGUGCUCGAGAGCGUUGGAAUUCUUGUGAGGAAAGCCAAGAAUCGCUACACCUGGAUAGGUUUCGGCGGAGUCUCAAUAUCCUUGCGAGAACUCAAGGAAAGGGCGUUAAGGGAGAAGUCUGGCUUGGCUCCUCUGCAAACCGAGCAGCAAUCUGCUGCCACAAUUUCUGAAGACGAAGAUGAUGAUACAUUGGCCAAUCCGGGUGCUUAUAUCGAGACUGAGAGAUUGAGUCAAACUGUGGACAAACCUUCUGGCAAACCGGGCGCAUCCGGUUGCCGCCUUAGAUCUGAUCAUAGGAAGGAAAAGUCACUUGGGCUGCUCACACAGAAUUUCGUGAAGCUCUUCCUCACCAUGGAGGUUGACACGAUCUCACUCGAUGAAGCUGCAAAACUGCUCCUUGGAGAAGGCCACGAGGAGACCAAUAUGAGAACUAAAGUUCGGAGGUUAUAUGACAUUGCCAAUGUCCUGUCUUCACUGAAUCUAAUUGAGAAGAUACAUCAAGGGGACUCGAGAAAGCCUGCGUUUCGUUGGUUGGGUAGGGCAACGCUGAACACAGAAAAUGGUGUCACAGUUGCUGUGCCCCCACCAGGGAAGAUCGCAUCAAAGAAAAGAGCGUUUGGAACAGAACUCACUAACAUUGACAUGCAUAGAAGUAAUCUAGAUUCAAAAAAUAAGAAGAAAGCAAAACUUGUACAGAGUAGUGGUGAUGUCUUGACGAAUUGCAAAUUAGCUGUGCGUAGUCGGCUGGGGCAGGGUAAACAAAGUGGCUUUGUUUAUGGUCCUUUCCACCCUUCUGGCGCAAGGAAACAUGGACUUGAUGGCGGCAAUAAGCCUGGGCAAAGGGAGAGGGCUGAGGACUGGGAGAGCCUUUCUGCUUCAUUUCGACCACAGUACCAGAACCAAGCACUCAGUGAUCUAUUUGUCCAUUAUGUCGACGCGUGGAAGACAUGGUAUUCUGAAUUUGCUCAAGGCAGCAGCAUCAUGCAACAACACUUUGGUCAUCCUGUUAACCAUUUUUUGUAGGCAAAUUUUAGGGCCAAGCAUUGCAGUUCUUAGUGCAUGCUUGUGUAUUUUACCUGUACAAUCUGUUAAAACGGAGGAAACAAAGACAUGAUUGAGCCUAGGGUUCAUUGUAUUUACUCAAUGCAGGAUGUUUCUAGGCUAUUUCAGGUGGAACUAUUAGAGAGGGAUACCCCAGGAGUGUGAGGUGUUUCCCAAUCUCUCUAAUAGAAACAUCAUGAUCAUCUCACUUCUGUGGGUUCUCUAUUGUUAAUUGUUGUUUAUGUGCUUACCUAUGUGGAUUCUAAAACUUCCUCUGUCACCGGCC